UUUUCUUUACUUCUGAUGGUGCUGAUGGGACAUUCAGAGUUUCAUCAGACUGGAUCUCUCACCAUCACAGACACUGGACUUUACCAACUCAAGAUCAGUGGAAGGAAGUCACCUUCAAAAACUUUCAAUGUUACCAUUUAUGCUGUGUUUGGUAAAAUGAAGUCAGUGUCAGUGAUGGAGGGAAAAUCUGUUACUCUACACACUGAUCUUACUGAAGUACAGAUAAAUGAUGUGAUAGAGUGGAUGUUUGGACCUGAAGAGACUCUCAUAGCUUCAAUUCGUAAAAGGGAUAGAAUCUUCUUUACAUAUGAUGUUGAUGAUGUGAGAUUCAAAGACAGACUGCAGGUGAAUAAUGAGACUGGAUCUCUCACCGUCACAAACAUCACAACUGAACACUCUGGACUUUAUCAACUAGAUAUCAUCAGAUGGGGAGUGGGAAUAAUCACACACAGAUUCAAUGUUACUGUCUAUGCUUGUCUGCCCAUUCCUGUCAUCACCAGUUACUGUCCUCAAAACCCUUCAUCAUCUGAAAGUUCAUCUAAAUGUGUGUUGGUGUGUUCAGUGGUGAAUGUGACACACUGUGGCAAUGUGACUCUCUCCUGGUACAAAGGAAACAGUUUAUUCUCCUCCAUCAGUGUGUCUGAUCUCAACAGCAGUCUCUCUCUACCUCUGGAGGUGGAAUAUCAGGAGAACAACAUCUACAGCUGUGUGGUGUCCAAUCCCAUCAGAAACCAGACUAAACAUCUCAACAUUACUGAAGUCUGUCAGCCGUGUUCAGACUGGGUCCGCUCUUGUGAUUCUACUGAAGCUGCAAUGCGAUUGGUCGUCUCUGCUCUGAUGGGUGUGGCUGCUGUUGCUGCUAUUGUAGUUUUGGUUUAUGACAUCAGAUCCAGAAGACUUGAAUAGAAGGUCACAGACAUUACCAGCAGACCAUCACUGAUGACGAUGUUAACCCUUGUGCUGUAUUGAAAUUUUUUUACCUAAUUUGGUGUUCCCGGUCAAAAAUGACUGGUCUAUUAAAAAUUGCUUAUAAAUCGUUCAUUAUGCUAUAUUAUCACCAAAUAUUGGAUUAGAUCUUUUUGUCAACUUGUUUUCUUUCAAUUAGCACAGGUUUUGUAUUUCUUUUUGGAACUUAUUGAUCGUAGGCCUCACUGAAUUGAGCUUAUGCACCUCUGUUUUUGAGUGAAAAAAAAAGCAUUAUUUGUGGAAAAUUUUGGCAAUAUUAAAUAAAAUAUGAAAACAUUCUGUACUAUUUAUCACACUAGUGUGCUUUAAUGUUUAACCAGGAAGUUUGUUUUGAAAUGCUUUUAUUUCAAAACAAUCUUCCUUACAUUUUAUGUUAUACGUCCUAUUAUUUGUAUGUCUAGUUAUACACUUACCUUGUUUAUAUUCUGGGUCUCACUCUGUGUUCUGUGUGCACUUGUUUGUCCCAUCACCCCCAAAAAAUUCCUUGUGUACGUGAGAACACGUGGCCAAAUAAACAAAAUGGCACAAAGUUACACUUGGCCAAAUAAACAC